GGUGCUGCGUGCGUUCUGCGCGAGGAAACGGAGCUUAGAGCAUGGGGAUCAAAACCCAGGAAGCUCCGAGGACUGAUUCUCUGCACACAGAGCCUUGCUUACAGCCCUUAAUUGAGCCCAGGUGCUGUUACCGCUAGCGAAGAUGCUGCGGCUCGGCUCCCUUCCCAGUACCUGUGUACGGAGCUCCCUGGGUAGGGCAGCUCUAUUUGAAAGAGCAGGGAACAAAACCCGGCAGGACAAGGAAACUCGCUGCUCUCUGCUUAGAUCUUAGCUACUGUAGUUCCUCACAUUCCUCAUUCUUAAAAGAAUGAGUUCCUCAUUCUUAAAAGUUCACUGCUGUGAACAGAUCUGUCCUCAUGCAAAAGGAAUUGUGAUCUUUCAUUCCUAUGGGGACUGACUGCAUUUUUCCAAAGCUCUUUUGCACCGUUCUGAAGCAACAGCUUGUCAUUGCCUUCCCAACUGUGCGUGCCAGCCAUGGGGUAACUUGUUAAGAUUACAGGGGAUGUGAAAAUACACAGGUGAACACAGAGCAGAGGUUAACUUUCCUCCUGGCUGUAAUCAACCACAGGUGUAUGGCUGCCUAAAGAAAAUGUCUUCUUUCACAGCAGGAGGCAACAACACUUGAACAGUGAGCUCCUUUUCUUUUAGUGCCAAGAUACUGCUUCCUUCUGCCUCCAUUUUGUGACUGGUGCUAUUUGCAACUUACAUCACCAUCCCCUGAAGAACCAAAAGACUCACUCUACCCAGGACCCUCAAAAAAGGCAAUAUUGAGGGAAAGAUACUGAGCCCCUGGAGUGUAUCCAGAGCAGGGCAACAGUGCAGGGUCUGGAGCACAGAUCUCAUGGGAGCAGCUGGAACUGAGGUUGUUCAGUCUGGAGAAGAAAAGGAUCAGGGGAGACUUUAUGGCAUUAUACAACUGCCUGACAGGAGCUCUGUGGUGAGGUGGGAGUUGGCCCAGUGACAUGGAGUUGGUAGCGGUGAGUGAUACCAUGAGAAGGAAUGGCCUUCCUCUCCGGCGGAGUUUCCUCCCUGCUGCUGCUGUCAAGGCCAUGCUGCUAUCACACACAGGGCGUGAGUGCAACCAAGGGCUUAGAAGAUAAAGGGUGCCUCGGAGGACUGUACCAAAAGCGAGUGCAGGGCAAUAAAAUAUUGACAUCUCAUAUGUCCCUUCUCCCAGCACCCAUUUCCUAGCCAGGUGAAUGCUGAUGAUGGGAUGCAGCCACACUCUUGCACUAUGCCACACCAAAAACCAAAACUAGGGCGUAAUAUGGCAUAGAAGCAACUUGCCAUUGCCACUGAAACAAGGCACGUUCAGGUGUGCUGCCAAACAUCCCAUACUUCGCUGAAACUGUAACUUCUAACUUAAAAAGUUUCUUUCGGAGCUGUUCCCCAUAUCGCAGAGGCUACAAUUUAGCAGUCCUGCAACUCCUCAGUGCAAUUUAUCAGGCAAACCAGCCUGCAGCCGAAACUCAUACAGCUUCAAGUCAGCAGUCCAAAAGCACAGACCUGCAAAGCUCAGUUACUUGAGAGCAGCACCACACACAUAUCUGCUCCUGCAACCACUGUUACCUUGAUGUAGGUGUGUAUGAAGCAAUGGUGUGCCAAUGAAUUCCUCCAUUCACUGAUGUUUGAUGAACACUGAUGGAAACCUACCAGUGGAUGUCAGCAAGGUGAGUGAGGCAGUGGGUGGUGCACUUCAGCAGUGGCAACAGUGCUGUGAAAGACAAGCUGUACUCCAGGCAGCCAUGCACCACUGCCACACCAUGAAAUGAACAGCAUCUCCAUCAGCUCAUCCACACUAAUUGGUGGAUUAUGACCAGGGAACUCUGUACAAACAAACCAUCAACUCUGACUACUGCAUUGCAAUGCUGACUAAGCUGAAGGCUCAAACUUCCAGGCAGGCCAGAGAAGAGGGCAGCCUUUCUCUUGCAGCACAGUAACACCAGGCCCCACACGAGUUUCAAGACAGUGACAAACCUGGCUGAGAUGUCCUACCACACCCACUGUAUAGUCCAGAUUUGGCACCUUCUGACUUCCAUCUCUUCAGGCUGAGUGGGCAACAUUUUCCUAGCAACGAUGCCAUCAUAGGAGCUGUGAAACAGCGGGUCACUUCUGCUGGUACUGAUUUAUGCAAGUGUGGCAUGCAGGCUCUUGUUUAUCACUGACAAAAAACGCAUAGCUCAUAGUGGUGACUAUCCCAGCAAGGUGGUGGAGUCACUGAAUAUUUAAAUGUUGUACUGGGGGACAGGCUUUAGUGGGAAAUAUUGGUGAUAGGCAGACAGUUGGACUGGAUGAUCUUGGGGGUCCUCUCCAACCUUGGUGAUUCUAUGAUUCUAUGUUGAAAAACAGUGCUCUGUAGCUCAGAAUUUAUUCCACCAAACUGGUGUUGUACUCUUUGUAUCUGUUGUUGUUUCUGUGGAAAUAAAUAGGAGGCAUUACUUUUGGAGUAACCCACAUCCUUAUGGUCAUCCCGGAGCCUGCAGGAGAGAGGACUCCUACUGACUGUCAGCAGCAAGUGUUUGUUGAGCUCAGUUCCUCUGUGCCCCCAUUCCCUGAGUGCACCCACCCUACUCAUGCCAAAGUCCUUGCUGCAGUGAGGCUAUCACCUCAUAGGUGCCCACCAGGGCACUGACCUUACCCACAGCUUUCAGCUGUAACAUACACCCAGUGAUGUAGUCACCGUCCCUGGAGGUGUUCAGGAAACGAGUAGAUGAGGCACUAAAGGACACGGUUAAUGAACAUGGUGGGGACGUACUGACAGCUGGACUCGGUGACCUCAGAAGUCUUAUCCGACCUUAGCGAUUCGAUGACUGUACGACUGUACGAUCGCCUCCGCAGCGCUGCGCCCAUCCCCACUCCCUCGCCGCCGUCCCCGGCCGCCACCCGGGGCAAAGGCGCUGGAGGCGGAGAGGCGCAGAGGCCGGGCACGGUGGAGGCGGGUUCCCGGCGCGGCGCAGCACCGAGCGGCCGGAGCAUGGCGCGGGAGCUGAGCCAGGAGGCUGUGCUGGACUUCCUAUGGGCGGCCGGGGGCCGAGCCCCCAACGCGGCGCUGCUCCGCCACUUCCAGGGUUUCCUCCGUGACCCGGCGCUGACGGACGCGCAGCGUGGGGAGCGUCGCGAGCGGUUCAAGCGCCUGGUCAACGCCGUGGCCACCGUGCAACCCGCGGCCGCCGGCACCUCCAAGGACAUCGUGCUCCGCCGCAGGUACCGCGACCUUCUCGACGAGGAGCUGCCGCCGCAGGAAAAAGAGCCGGAGGAGAAGAAGGAGGAGGAGAAGGAGCCGUCCCCGCCGCCCCGCUGCGAUCCCUGCCGGCGGCGCGACCCCCCGGGGAAGGGGCGGCCGGGCGGGGGGCAGCCCGGCGGAGCGGCGGCCGUCGCGGGUUGCGCUGCUCGGGGCCGCGGUGGGCUCUGCCUCGAGUGCCGCCGGGCGCUUCGCGAUGCCGCUGCCGCCUCACCGCCUCCCCCCUAUCGGAACCUCCAGGGGCCACCCCCGUACCGGGAGCCGCAGCCGCCCUCCGCCGGACCGUCCCCGUCCCCGUCCCGGUGCUCGCAGCGGCCGCCGCCUCCCGUCGGGUCUGCCUCUGUCAGCUCCCUGCCACCGCCUGGCCCCAGAGGGCCGCUCCCAGCCCGGUCCCCGCUGCUGUCAGCGGGCCCCAGGGUGCCUCCCCUCAGCGGGCCGCAUCGAGCCCGGUCCCCGCAGCCGUCCCUCCCGGAGCCAUCCCCUGCCCAGUCCCUGCCGCUGCUCUCAGCCCCGGAGAUGCUGCCCCUGUCGCAGUCCCGGUCCCUGCAGACUCUCGCUGCCGGACGCAGCCCGUCCCCAUCACUGCUUUUAUCAGGCUCGCAUGCGCUCCCCCUGCCCUUGUCCAGGUCCCUUCAGACGCUCUCCACCAGGCUGCCCCCAUCGCCGCGAGAGGGGCCUAAGGUACGGACCUCCAACGGCCCAGCACGACCUCGAGCCAUGCUGCUGGACACCAAGGGGUCACCCUCACCCCCAUCCCCGGCACUGCCAGCAGGCCCCGGGGGGCUGCCCCCGUGCUCCCAGCCCUCUCCUGCCAGUCCACUCCUAUCCCGGUCUGCGCUGCCAGCAUCGGACCCCCAGGGGUCACCGGCUAGCAAACCCCCAGCUUCAAUACCUGUCUUCCGCAGCAUCAGGUGCCAACUUGCUCUGCUGGAGGCGUCAGAUGACAGAGGGAGACCUCUCCGUGCAGUGCCCCAGAGGAGCUCUUCCAUGCACGUCUCAAGCCGGGGGCCAACAGUGCCACUGGGUCGGCGGGCUCACACUUGGCUGGUGGCGGUGUCAGCGGGGCGCUGGGCCCAUGUGCGGGAACUUUUCCUGGAGGAGCCACAGCUGGCCUUGCAGCGGGACUUCAUGUCGGGCUUCACGGUGCUGCACUGGCUGGCCAAGCACGGUGAUGGGCCGGGCCUGCAGGAGCUGGCUAAAGCAGCACGCCAAGCUGGGCUGGCAUUGGAUGUGGAUGCUCGGUCAGGCUGCGGGUACACUCCAUUGCACCUGGCUGCCAUACAUGGCCACACGCUUGUCAUCAAGGUGUUGGUGCAGCAGAUGGGCUGCCAGGUACACGUGCGGGAUGGCAGCGGGCGCCAGCCCUGGGAGUACCUGGGCAGCAGCACCUCCGGGGAGAUCUGGCAGCUCCUGCAGGCACCCCGGGGCACCAUUAUGUUCCCCACGCAGCCCCUGGCCCGUAGUGUGUCCUCAGCCAGCAAGGUUCUGCCACCUGCAGGCAGGGCACCAUUGGCUGCAUGUCUUAAGCCACAGCGCGGCCGCCGGGCAGCAGCCCACCAAGCUGGCAACGAGAGUGACUGAUGAGCUGGCAAUGAGAGUGACUGAUGGGCAGCAGCGCUCACCCCCUGCACAGGAGACUGGAUCCAAGGGGAAUGCAUGUGGGCAGGAAAAGCUGCAAACUCAACUGAACUUCUUGAAGAAUGUACUCUUAAAUUAUUGCAAUGAAACAUUGUCUGAGUC